CACCUCCCUCCCGUCCUUAUGUAACACAGUAAUCGGGUUUGGAGUUUGGAUUCCUGUCCGAGUAGGAGCUGGACCUCGCUCAUCCAGAGGCUCACACUGAUAUUUCUCAACUUUUUUCAGAGCUUUUUAAGAGGUGACCCAUGGGGUGCAUCCCAGGAGUUUCACUUCUGCUGCUGGUGGUGAGUUUGUCCCUCCUGACAGGCCCCACCGUCCAGGGCGGAAAGAUCUUGGUGUUCCCUGUGGACGGAAGCCACUGGGUCAACAUGAACCUGUUGAUCCAGAGGCUCCAUGCCAGAGGCCAUGAAGUCACCGUGGUCCGCACGGCCACCAGCUGGUACGUAAAAGAAGACGCACCACAUUACAGCUCCAUCACCGUCACCCUGCCAGAGGCCAUCAGCAUAGAGGAGCAGGAUUUCUUUGUGACCUUCCUGGUUAAGAUGCUGGCGAUUCAGAAAGAGGGAGCGUCUGUUAUCGGCUUCAUGAGCUUCUAUUGGGAAAUGCUCACUGCGCUUUCAAAGAUUCACCAGCAGGCCAGUCUGUUGGCGGUGGAAAUGUUUGAGAACAAGACUCUGAUGCAGAGUAUUCGUGACACUCAGUUUGACUUGGCUCUUAUCGACCCGGGGUUGCCUGUUGGAGUUCUGGUUGCUCAUGAACUGAAGCUGCCGACUGUUUUUAACGUGAGAUGGAUCACCAGCGCAGAGGGGCAUUUUGUGGUGGCUCCAUCUCCAACAUCCUACGUUCCAACUUCAGGAAAUGCUGCUUCGGAUAAAAUGACCUUUGGAGAAAGAGUCAAGAACAUAUUCCUCUAUAUCCUUAACAUAUGCAUUGAAAAGUUCGCAGUAUGCCCCCACUAUGAUAGACUGGUAGACAGGUACUUUGGUCCAGAUGUGAACUUCUAUCAUCUUCUCCAAGGAGCCGACAUCUGGCUCAUGCGGGUGGACUUUGUCUUUGAAUUCCCCCGACCCACCUUGCCAAACAUCGUCUACAUCGGUGGUUUUCAGUGUAAGCCCUCUGAGCCUUUAUCGUCAGAGCUGGAGGACUUUGUUCAAAGUUCGGGAGAGCACGGAGUCAUCCUGAUGUCUCUCGGUACUCUCGUCAAAGGCUUACCUACAGAAAUCACUUCUGAAAUCGCUGCCGCCUUUGCCCAACUUCCUCAAAAGGUCAUCUGGAGGCAUGCCGGUGAGCGCCCCAACAAUUUGGGCAACAACACCCUCCUGGUGAAAUGGAUGCCCCAGAAUGACCUGCUGGGUCAUCCGAAGAUUAAAGCCUUCGUGGCUCAUGGUGGUACCAACGGGGUCUAUGAGUCAAUUUACCACGGAGUGCCGAUAAUAGGCAUACCUCUCCUGUUUGACCAGUUUGAGAACGUUUUGAGAUUGGAGGAGCGAGGAGCGGCGAAGGUGGUGGAUGCCACCAAACUCACUCAUCAGAACUUCUUAGAAGCGAUACAGGAAGUUCUCCACGAUCCAUCCUACAGAAAUAACAUGAAGCGCCUCUCUGCUCUGCAUCGGGAUCAACCGAUGCAUCCUCUAGAAAAGGCUCUUUACUGGAUUGAGUUUGUUGUGCGGCACAAAGGGGCUUCACAUUUACGCACUGAGUCUUAUAAAAUGCCGUGGUAUGUCUAUCAUUCUGUGGAUGUUAUAUGUGUUUUGAUAGCAGUACUGUUGUUGCUGACAGCCAUUGUAGUGGGAUCAGUACGAUUCCUUUGCCUUAGACUCUGCAGGAGGAGAAAAGCCAAGCAGGAGUAGUCAUGGACUCCUCACAUGAGAUUAGUGUUUAUUAAAAGAACAAGUUAUCUUAAAAGACUGGUAAUAAUUUAUAUUCUUAGCCAUGCUAUAGUAGAAUUGGUCAGUCAAGCCACCAUUUUGGCUCCAGAGACUUAAAUUACUAGAAUUUUGAAUGAAAUUGGAAGAAUUUGUCUUUUUAACUUUUAAACUUUUUAGUUUUGAGUAAAAUGUCCCACCUAAUUCUAAAGUAUUGCCAUUAAAUCUUGUACAGACAGGCUCCAAAAGUAUAAUUCUUAAUAAUUUGGUGAUACCUGUCCUUUUUCUUUUUCUCUAGCACCAUAACUAGGCCAAAGUUUGCACUACUCCAGUGAAAUAUCUCAACACUGAAAGAAGGGUUGGCACCAAAGAUUUGUGGUUUCUGGUGAAAUGUCUCAAAUUUAAUGGCUUGAUUAUAACGAUGAAUUGUAUAAGCUUUGGUGAUCCCCUAUAGAGAGGAAGGUGCGUGACUUCAGCUCUUUAUAAUGCUGUACGCUGAAU